GAGCGGCGCGCGCCUGCCGACGGCGGGCCGGCGGCCGGGGCCGGGCGGCGAGGGCCGGGGUGUGAUGCGGCACUGCGGUCCUCCAGUCGUUGCUCCCGCUCCUCCAGAGCGCGCCGAGGACUAGGCUGGAGUGCGGCGGCCGUUUUGUGCCCGGGCUUCCCAGGGGCGCCCUGAAAAGGCUGGCGGGGCUCCGAACACUGGGGGGUUAGAGACACACAGUCAAGCCCCCACACCCCCGGGAGGGGACGGGGGCUGGAAGCGAGGCGCGAGGGCGGCCGAGGGAUGGUGUCUGCUGGGGAGGAAGGGGCGAGCCCUGCCUGUCGUUGGUGAGGGGCUGCGGGCAGGGGAGGCGCCGCCGUUCGCAGCAGCUCCGUGCGCGCUGGUGGGUGGAAGGUGUGGAGCGGCGCGCGGAGGGCGAGCCCGGCGGCCGCCGGCACCCUCCCCGUGACAUCCGACGUGGUGGUCCGUUUAGCCCGCGUUGCGGUUAAUUCAUUGGAGGCAGCUUCGCGGAUCGGGCUCCUGCGGGAGCCGGGCAGCCUGGACGGGCUUUUUGUCUGGCUGCUCCAGCCCCCUUUCCCUUCCUCCUCCUCCUCCCGAUGCCGUUUCCCUGCCCCUCCUCGCCCGGUACAGACAUUUGCAGCGCAGCCUGCGGCUCGUGGCUGCUGCUGUCGAAGCCGCUGCUCGGGAUUUCGGCUCGUUUCCCGCUGGGGUGUUUUUUGAAGUGGGAGAGCGUUUCUCUCCCCUCCACGAUGGGGUUUCCUUCCCGUGCCAGCAUAGACUUUCAUUGAUUUCUACUUCAGCGUUUAGUGUCCGAUUCCCCUUAGGCGUAUUUCUGUGGUGGUUCCUUUUUUUUUUUUUUUCCCCCCUCAAAUACAUGAGCUGUAAAAUGGAGAACGAAAUUUUUACUCCCCUUCUGGAGCAGUUCAUGACCAGCCCUCUGGUCACUUGGGUGAAAACGUUUGGACCUCUGGCUGCAGGAAAUGGGACCAACCUGGAUGAAUAUGUGGCUUUGGUGGAUGGGGUGUUCUUGAACCAGGUCAUGCUCCACAUUAAUCCUAAAUCGGAGAGUCAGAGAGUAAAUAAAAAAGUCAACAAUGAUGCCUCACUUAGAAUUCAUAAUCUAUCCAUUUUGGUGAGACAGAUAAAAUGUUAUUAUCAGGAGACUUUGCAGCAGUUGAUCAUGAUGUCAUUGCCAAAUAUCUUAAUUAUUGGCAAAACCCCCUUUUGUGAACAAGGCACAGAAGAAGUUAAAAAGUUGCUUUUACUUUUACUGGGUUGUGCAGUUCAGUGUCAGAAGAAAGAAGAAUUUAUUGAAAGAAUUCAAGGUUUAGAUUUUGAUACAAAAGCAGCAGUUGCAGCACAUAUUCAAGAGGUAACCCAUAAUCAGGAAAAUGUGUUUGAUUUGCAAUGGAUGGAAGUGACUGAUAUGUCUCAGGAGGAAAUAGAACCACUUUUGAAAAAUAUGGUGUUGCAUCUAAAAAGACUUAUAGAUGAGAGAGAUGAACAUUCAGAGACCAUCAUAGAACUCUCUGAAGAACGGGACGGUCUUCAUUUUCUACCCCAUGCGUCUUCAUCUGCACAGUCACCCUGUGGUUCUCCAGGCAUGAAGCGGACAGAAAGUCGACAACAUCUGUCAGUGGAACUGGCAGAUGCUAAGGCCAAGAUAAGAAGGCUGAGGCAGGAGUUGGAGGAAAAGACUGAACAGUUGCUGGACUGCAAACAAGAACUUGAGCAAAUGGAAAUAGAACUAAAAAGGCUGCAGCAAGAGAACAUGAAUUUGCUUUCGGAUGCUCGUUCUGCAAGAAUGUACCGAGAUGAAUUAGAUGCACUUCGAGAGAAGGCAAUCAGAGUUGAUAAGCUUGAAAGUGAAGUCAGCAGAUAUAAAGAAAGGCUGCAUGAUAUUGAGUUUUAUAAAGCAAGAGUUGAGGAAUUAAAAGAAGAUAAUCAAGUUUUACUAGAAACAAAAACCAUGUUGGAAGACCAAUUAGAAGGAACUCGAGCUCGUUCUGAUAAAUUACAUGAAUUAGAGAAAGAGAAUUUACAACUAAAGGCCAAACUGCAUGAUAUGGAAAUGGAACGUGAUAUGGAUAGAAAAAAGAUUGAAGAAUUAAUGGAAGAAAAUAUGACUUUGGAAAUGGCACAGAAACAAAGUAUGGAUGAAUCAUUACAUCUUGGCUGGGAGUUAGAACAAAUAUCCAGAACUAGUGAACUUUCUGAAGCACCACAGAAAUCUUUGGGCCAUGAGGUGAGUGAGUUGACAUCAAGUAGGUUACUGAAGUUGGAGAUGGAAAAUCAGAGUUUGACAAAAACUGUAGAAGAGCUUCGAAGUACUAUGGAUUCUGCAGAAGGAAACACUUCCAAAAUCCUGAAAAUUGAAAAAGAAAAUCAAAGACUAAGUAAAAAGGUUGAAAUUCUUGAAAAUGAGAUUGUUCAAGAAAAGCAAAGUCUUCAGAAUUGUCAGAAUUUAAGCAAGGAUCUAAUGAAGGAGAAGGCUCAGCUUGAAAAAACGAUUGAAACGCUUAGAGAAAAUUCAGAGAGACAGAUUAAAAUAUUGGAGCAGGAAAAUGAACAUCUGAAUCAAACCGUGUCUUCCUUAAGGCAGCGCUCCCAAAUAAGUGCUGAAGCAAGGGUGAAAGACAUUGAAAAAGAAAAUAAAAUUCUCCAUGAAUCUAUCAAAGAAACAAGUAGCAAGUUAAGCAAGAUUGAAUUUGAAAAAAGACAAAUUAGGAAAGAAUUAGAACAUUAUAAAGAAAAAGGAGAACGAGCGGAAGAACUUGAAAAUGAGUUGCAUCAUCUUGAAAAAGAAAAUGAAUUGUUACAGAAAAAGAUAACCAAUUUAAAAAUUACAUGUGAAAAAAUUGAGGCCUUAGAACAAGAAAAUUCAGAGCUAGAAAGAGAAAAUAGGAAAUUUAAAAAAAGAUUGGAUAGCUUUAAAAACCUUACUUUUCAGCUAGAAUCUCUAGAGAAAGAGAAUUCCCAACUUGAUGAGGAAAACUUGGAACUGCGAAGAAACGUGGAGUCUUUGAAGUGUGCAAGCAUGAAAAUGGCUCAACUGCAACUAGAAAAUAAAGAACUGGAAAGUGAAAAAGAGCAGCUUAAGAAGGGCUUAGAGCUUAUGAAGGCAUCAUUCAAGAAAUCAGAACGCUUAGAAGUUAGCUACCAGGGUUUAGAUACAGAAAAUCAAAGGCUACAGAAGGCUUUAGAGAACAGCAAUAAAAAAAUUCAGCAGUUAGAGAGUGAACUACAAGACUUAGAGAUGGAAAAUCAAACAUUGCAAAAAAACCUAGAAGAGUUAAAAAUAUCCAGCAAAAGACUAGAACAGCUAGAAAAAGAAAAUAAAUCACUAGAGCAAGAGACUUCUCAACUGGAGAAGGAUAAGAAACAGCUGGAGAAGGAAAAUAAGAGACUCCGACAACAAGCAGAAAUAAAAGAUACCACGUUAGAAGAAAAUAAUGUGAAAAUUGGAAAUUUGGAGAAAGAAAACAAAACUCUAUUCAAAGAGAUUGGUAUUUAUAAAGAAUCUUGCAUUCGUCUGAAAGAAUUAGAGAAAGAAAAUAAGGAGCUUGUCAAAAGAGCAACUAUUGAUAUAAAAACUUUGGUUACAUUACGUGAGGAUUUGGUGAGUGAAAAAUUGAAGACACAACAAAUGAAUAAUGAUCUUGAAAAAUUAACCCAUGAGCUUGAGAAGAUAGGGUUAAAUAAAGAGCGACUCUUACAUGAUGAGCAAAGUACAGAUGACAGUAGGUACAAACUUUUGGAAUCAAAAUUAGAAUCCACUCUAAAGAAGUCCCUUGAAAUAAAAGAGGAAAAAAUUGCUGCUUUAGAAGCUCGAUUAGAAGAAUCCACAAAUUAUAACCAGCAAUUGCGCCAAGAACUUAAAACAGUGAAAAAGAAUUACGAAGCCCUUAAACAGAGACAAGAUGAGGAAAGGAUGGUACAGAGCCCUCCUUCAGCUUCCAGUGAAGAGAACAAAUGGGAGCGAGAAAGUCAAGAAACAACCAGAGAGCUUCUGAAAGUGAAAGACAGACUGAUUGAGGUAGAAAGAAAUAAUGCUACACUGCAAGCAGAGAAGCAAGCACUGAAAACUCAACUGAAGCAACUUGAGACACAGAACAAUAAUUUGCAGGCUCAGAUUCUUGCACUUCAGCGGCAGACAGUGUCAUUACAAGAGCAGAAUACUACUCUUCAAACACAGAAUGCCAAGCUUCAGGUUGAAAAUUCCACACUUAAUUCCCAAAGUACCUCUCUUAUGAACCAGAAUGCACAACUCCUAAUCCAGCAGUCUUCCUUAGAAAAUGAAAAUGAGUCUGUAAUCAAAGAGCGGGAAGACCUGAAAUCUCUCUAUGAUUCUCUGAUCAAAGAUCAUGAAAAACUGGAACUUCUUCAUGAACGGCAGGCUUCGGAGUAUGAAUCUCUCAUUGCUAAGCAUGGAACUCUAAAGUCUGCCCACAAAAAUCUUGAGGUGGAGCAUAAAGACCUCGAAGAUCGUUAUAAUCAGUUACUAAAACAGAAAGGACAAUUGGAAGAUUUGGAAAAAACACUGAAAGUAGAACAGGAAAAAAUGCUGCUUGAAAACAAAAACCAUGAGACUGUAGCUGCAGAAUACAAGAAACUUUGUGGUGAAAAUGAUAGGUUGAAUCAUACAUAUAAUCAGCUUUUAAAAGAAACUGAAGUUUUACAAACUGACCAUAAAAACUUGAAAAGUCUUCUAAAUAAUUCUAAACUGGAACAAACAAGAUUAGAAGCUGAAUUUUCAAAGCUGAAGGAACAAUACCAACAGUUGGACAUUACAUCCACCAAGCUAAAUAACCAGUGUGAGUUGCUAAGCCAACUUAAAGGAAAUUUAGAAGAAGAAAAUCGGCAUCUACUAGAUCAAAUCCAGACAUUAAUGCUGCAGAACAGAACACUGUUGGAGCAGAAUAUGGAAAGCAAGGAUCUUUUUCAUGUUGAACAAAGACAGUACAUUGAUAAAUUAAAUGAAUUAAGACGACAAAAGGAGAAAUUAGAAGAGAAAAUUAUGGAUCAAUACAAAUUUUAUGAGCCAUCUCCUCCUAGGAGGAGAGGCAACUGGAUUACUCUAAAAAUGAGAAAAUUGAUAAAGUCUAAGAAAGAUAUUAAUCGGGAACGUCAGAAAUCUCUAACAUUAACACCUACCCGCUCAGACUCCGGUGAAGGAUUUCUUCAACUCCCCCAUCAAGAUAGUCAAGAUAGUUCUUCCGUAGGUUCAAACUCCUUAGAAGAUGGCCAAACUUUGGGGACCAAGAAAAGCAGCAUGGUUGCACUGAAAAGACUGCCCUUUUUGAGGAACAGACCGAAGGAUAAAGACAAAAUGAAGGCCUGCUACCGUCGUUCCAUGUCCAUGAAUGACCUGGUGCAGUCCAUGGUCCUAGCAGGAGGACAGUGGACAGGUAGUACUGAGAAUUUGGAGGUUCCGGAUGAUAUUUCAACGGGUAAAAGGAGAAAAGAAUUGGGAGCUAUGGCCUUCUCUACUACAGCUAUCAACUUUUCAACUGUCAACUCUUCUACAGGCUUCAGAUCCAAGCAGUUGGUUAAUAAUAAAGAUGCUACAUCCUUUGAAGAUAUAAGCCCACAAGGUAUUAGUGAUGAUUCUAGUACGGGAUCAAGAGUUCAUGCUUCAAGACCAGCCAGCCUGGAUAGUGGCAGGACAUCCACUAGCAAUAGCAAUAAUAAUGCUUCACUCCAUGAAGUCAAAGCAGGUGCAGUUAAUACCCAGAGCAGGCCACAGAGCCAUAGCAGUGGGGAAUUUAGCUUGCUUCAUGAUCUUGAGGCUUGGUCCAGCAGUGGUAGCAGUCCAAUCCAGUACUUGAAAAGACAGACCAGAUCAAGUCCAGUGCUCCAGCACAAAAUGCCUGAAACUGAGAGUCGAGCACAUCACAAGGUCAAAACUGGUUCCCCUGGAAGUGAAGUUGUUACUCUACAACAGUUUUUGGAAGAAAGCAACAAGCUUACCUCAAUACAGAUAAAGUCCUCAAGUCAAGAUAAUCUUUUAGAUGAAGUAAUGAAAAGUUUGUCUGUCUCUUCUGACUUUUUGGGGAAAAGCAAACCCGUUAGCUGUGGUCUGGCCAGGUCAGUAAGUGGGAAAAGCCCAGGAGACUUCUGCGAUAGACGGACAACUAAGCCUGAACCGUUUGUGAGACCUGGUCCUCAGAAGCCUGAAGAUACCUACUUUGUGAGUUCUCCAGGAAAACCUACACCAGGCACUCAAGGAAAGAUAAAAUUAGUAAAAGAAUCUUCUUUGUCACGACAAUCAAAAGAUAGUAAUCCUUAUGCCACUUUACCUCGCGCAAGCAGCGUGAUCUCCACUGCAGAAGGGACUACUCGAAGGACAAGCGUCCAUGAUUUUUUGACCAAGGACAGUAGACUACCUAUGUCAGUUGAUGCAUCACCAGCUGUUGCUGAUAGCCACAUCACUGCAGCAUCUAGUGAGUACCGUUUACACCAGUGGUCUUACCAUAAACUUCACAGCCCAACAUAUUCUGUAGGUUCUCAUGCACAAAUUGAUUUAGUUACGGAUGAGCCUGAGUCUCUAUAUGCCCAGGCUCGGAGCUCAACAACAGAAAGGUCACAUUUUCUAAACCAAACUUUUGCCUCCGUUAAUAUGUCUAAUGACACACUUGUAAUAUCUGCUAAAGAUAGUAUAGAGUCAUUUACUCAUCCUUCUCAGCCAUUUUUAUCCCUGAAUACAGAGUUAGUUAGUAACAUAAGUGGGUUACCUCCCAGGCCAGUCACCAGAGUAACUGACCAGGCUUCUGCCUCUUUGGAUAAAGCUUCACAGAAAGAUAAUGAACAGUUUUCUGAUAAUCAGAUCCGUGGUAACUAUAACCCACAGUCUUCUGUAGGUAGCAGUAAUCUUAUCACUCCUGCAUGCCUCUGUCCUGAUGACACAGAAGCUGCAUUGUUGGUUUCUGAGGAUAAUCAGACUGUUUGGUAUGAAUAUGGUUGUGUAUGAUCAAAACUGCACAGUAUAAUCCUGAUGUCAUUUGAUAUGUACUAUGCUUCUCUAAUCUGACUUCAAGAGCUGCUGUUGAAAAGUAUUUGGCAAGGUUCAUAUUUUUAUUUUCAAAUCGUGGCAUAGUGUUUGGCUGUACAUGAUGGCUUGUAUAUAAAUGUGAAUGUGUAACUAUACCAAAGCCUGCAUGAAAUAUUAAUUGCAUUGUAUAUUUUCUGCAUGACUUUAAAAACCUUAACAAUACAUGCUCCUCUUUCACAUUUCUUGCCGCCUGAUAAGAGAUUGUUACUUUUAGAAGCAUGUUAAGAUAGUUGCAUGCUAUAAUUACCAAGAAAGCAUUUCCAAGUCAUACUUCGUUGCUUCCAAAAAAGAAUGCUCAUUUCCUCCCUUCCUUCUUCUCAUUCCUUUUUCUUUUUCUAAGAAAUAUUUCUUUAAAAUAUAUAUAUAUUUUUUUUAUUGAUUUCAGAGAGGAAGGAAGAGGGAGAGAGAGAGAGCGAAACAUGCCCCACUACUGGGGAUUGAACCCACAACCCAGGCCUGUGCUCUGACCUGGAACUGAACGAUGCCUUCCUGGUUCGUAAGUCGAUGCUCAGCCACUGAGCCAUGAAGGCCGGGCCCUUUAUUUCCAGAAUGUGCACCACAUAUUGCACAUGUGUAGGAAAAUACGUUUUAAAAAAAAGUCCUUUUCCUUUGCCAUUUAAUUAUGCCUUCUGUCCUGUUUUAUUUUCAAAGAAAUAGUUAAUAACUCAAUACUUUAUGUAGCAAAUAUUAACUACUGCCCAUAUUUAUAAAAUUGUUCAGAUUUAAAAUAUUGUUAAUAUUAAUAAAGUUAGUGUAAUUCUUAAAAAAAACCAUCAAAUUUAAAUAUGACUUUUACAUUGUCUAGGACCAUUUUCUAUGUAUUCUAUUUCUUUUCUGCACUUUUCUUCAUCUUCCUUCAAGAUUAAUUUUUACUUAGAAUCAGAGUUUUUCUAGUUGUUUUUUUUUUUAAUAGAGUCAAAGAGAAAUAAACCAAUCAUACUCAAUGUGUUGAAAAUUUGCAUUUUUACUUCUGUUAAAAAAGGUAGCAAGUUUACAAAGUGGUGAAGAUUGGUACUUAUAUAAUUUUAUAAUUUAUUAUAAAUUAUAUGUCUGUCCUUAAAAAAGUUUUCUAAAAUGAGUACAUUGUGCUAAAAUAAAAUAUUAGGAUUUGUAACCACUUAAACUUAAUAGGUGUACUCUUAGUAGAACAAAUUUUAGAACUAAGAAUAAAUAUGACUUGUAGCUAAAAAAUAACCAUAUAAGUUAGAGAAAAUAUUUGCUAACUUUGACUCUGGUGUCAUAAACUUUAAAAUUGUCUCUUGCUAUGGUCCUUUAAAAGCAGAAUCAGCUAAACUUGAAUCUCCCAGAAAAAAACAAAAAUAAAAACUCAUAACUCUCACUUAUCUCUGGAGGAGUAUAUCUUCGCUCUGUCUCUGGAAUGUUUUUGCCAUUUUGACUUAGCCUAAAUAUAUCUGUUAGUAACAGCCUGGCAUCUGAAAGGAAUGCUUUGAAAUGUAACUUUCUAAAGAGGAAGGAAAUUAUUAUUUACUACAUGUUGGUACAUUAAUUAUUGUUAUUAAUUGAACCAAAGAACAAUCUGUAGAGAAUCUUUGCUUAAUGAAAUAUGUAUCUUUUGUAAUUUAAGCCAUCCGUUUGUACUUACACAAGCUCAUUUCAGGACUAGGCCCCUUCUACUUACACCUUUGACCAUACUACUUUUCUCAUAGUCAGCUAUUACUAAAAGUAGUACGAGAGCAGAUAAAUCAGAAAAUGUUCAUAUUUUUAGUACCACCUAAUAUAUUUUCUGCGUGAAUACACCAAUCUAUUUUAUUGUCAUUUGUCUUAUACUCAAUUCUAACAUUUUAAAUGUUUUUGGUAUGCCUUCUUUUAUUUUUUUCAUAACCUAGUAAUAAAAAUUAAUGGCAAAUACAGGUGAGAUUAGAUGGAGGACAUAUAUCAGGCAAAUGUAAUAAUUAUUAUUUCUUUUCCACAUUGAGUCAAGUUUUAUUUCUCAACUAUUUCAACUUUUUAAAUAUUAUAAAUCUGGCCAUUUUUUAAAUUUAAAAUAUUAAAUUUUACAUUUCAUACAUUGAGAAAUCAUGUGCUAUUAUAUUAAAAACUGUGAUUAUUUUUAAAAAUUACUUUUACAGUAAAGAAGUAUUUACAACCCAAAUGGCUAUAGUUACAUAUACAGCACAUUUUCAAAAAGAAGAUGCCCACUGUGCAUAUGAGACAGAUACAUACCAUGUCCAUGUGUCUUGAUGAUUGUCUAAGAAUACAGACUAGAUUUCCUCCAGAAACUGUCAAAAGCUGUGGAGUCAUAAAAGUCUCUCAGAACACUAUAAAUGAAAUCUUAGAAAGAUGCCCCCAAUUAAAUACAUUUUUUAAAGUGAAAGUAAAACUCUGACUCAAUUGAGCAGCUACAUGUUUUUUUUCUAAGACAUCUCCAUAAAAAUCCUAUGGCUUCACAAAAGAUUAUUUGAAAGACUAUGUGUGAUUCAAUACCCUAAUUUUAGAUGAAACUGCAUAGUUUCUAUUCCUGGCCUAGGUUUCUAGAAAUUAUACCAAUAUUAUUUGUAUGACAUUGUAAAUUUACACUGUUAAGUAUUGGGUCCCCUUUAACCAAAACAAUUUUAGCUAUUACAGUGUAAUGAGGUAUAUUAUUUGCCUACAAAAUAUGCCUCAAGCCCAGGUUUUCUUAGUAAUACAAAUAUUUCAUUGUAGAUGUUUCUGCCACUGCAUGCAAGUUUACUUUUUACUUUACAACUAUAUGUGACCAUUUAGUACAUAAACAUAACAAGUAAACCUUUUUGACACUAGGAGGCAUAUUAUUUCUAGCUUUUAAACUAUGAAAACCAGUCUUAUUAUUUCUAGCUUUUAAACAAUGAAAAUCAGUCUUGAAGUAAUGAGAUGUCUAUCAGAUUAAAGAAUUUCCCAGGGUUAGAUUCCUUCUCCUUGCCCUAUUCAAUGAGAGCUCUUUAAGUUUCUUAUCUUCGUGAAUUGUGUUAUGUUUAACUUUU